AUGCUGCUGCCAGUGUUCACCCUGAAACUGCGCCACAAAAUCAGCCCCCGCAUGGUGGCCAUAGGGCGCUACGACGGGACUCACCCGUGCCUGGCCGCCGCCACGCAAGCGGGCAAGGUUUUUAUUCAUAAUCCUCAUACACGGAGCCAGCAUUUCAGUGCAUCCAGGGUGUUCCAGAGCCCCCUGGAGUCUGAUGUUUCUCUUCUCAACAUUAACCAGGCAGUCAGCUGCCUGACUGCAGGAAUAUUGAACCCUGAGCUUGGCUAUGAUGCUCUUUUAGUGGGCACACAGACUAACCUUUUGGCUUAUGAUGUCUACAAUAAUUCAGAUUUGUUCUACAGAGAGGUAGCAGAUGGGGCAAAUGCAAUUGUGCUGGGGACAUUGGGAGACAUUUCCUCUCCUCUUGCAAUUAUUGGUGGAAACUGUGCUCUGCAGGGUUUCGAUCAUGAAGGAAAUGAUCUCUUUUGGACGGUUACUGGAGACAAUGUUCAUUCCUUGGCCUUGUGUGACUUUGACGGUGAUGGGAAGAAAGAGCUUCUUGUUGGAUCAGAGGAUUUUGACAUCCGAGUUUUUAAAGAAGAUGAGAUUGUGGCAGAAAUGACAGAAACAGAGAUAAUCACCUCUCUUUGCCCCAUGUAUGGCAGUCGGUUUGGCUAUGCUCUUUCCAAUGGCACGGUUGGAGUUUAUGACAAAACAGCUCGAUACUGGAGAAUUAAAUCUAAAAAUCAUGCCAUGAGCAUUCAUGCUUUUGACCUUAAUUCUGAUGGUGUGCGUGAACUGAUAACUGGUUGGUCCAAUGGGAAGGUGGAUGCUCGAAGCGACCGAACUGGGGAGGUCAUCUUUAAAGACAACUUUUCUUCUGCAAUUGCUGGUGUGGUAGAGGGAGAUUACCGGAUGGAUGGCCACAUACAGUUAAUCUGCUGUUCAGUGGAUGGAGAAAUCCGGGGCUACCUGCCAGGCACGGCUGAGAUGAGGGGGAACCUCAUGGACACCAGUGUAGAGCAGGACCUGAUCCGAGAGCUGAGUCAGAAAAAACAGAAUUUGCUGUUGGAACUCCGUAACUAUGAGGAAAAUGCCAAGGCCGAAUUGAGUGGUCCACUGAAUGAAGCUGAUGGGCAUCGGGGCAUAAUCCCAGCAAAUACCAAGCUCCACACUGCCCUCUCAGUCAAUCUGGGGAAUAAGACUCAAGCUGCUCAUGCAGAAUUGUGCAUUUCCACUUCUAAUGAUACCAUCAUCCGAGCAGUAUCUAUUUUUGCAGAGGGAAUUUUUAUAGGUGAAAGCCAUGUGGUACACCCCAGCAUUCAUAACCUCUCCAGCUCCAUCCGCAUCCCAAUUACACCUCCCAAAGAUGUCCCUGUGGAACUGUACUUGAAAACGUUCGUGGGUUACAGAAGCAGCACCCAGUUUCAUGUGUUUGAAUUGACAAGACAGCUCCCUCGAUUCUCCAUGUAUGCGCUAACCAGCCCAGACUCUGCCAGUGAGCCAGUCAGUUACGUUAACUUUAUCAUUGCAGAACGGGCACAGAGGGUUGUUAUAUGGCUCAACCAGAACUUUCUGUUACCAGAAGACACUAACAUUCAGAAUGCUCCAUUUCAAGUGUGUUUCACAUCCUUACGGAAUGGAGGCCAGCUGUAUAUAAAAAUAAAAGUUAGUGGAGAGAUCACUGUAAAUACUGAUGAUAUUGAUUUGGCUGGUGAUAUCAUCCAGUCAAUGGCAUCAUUUUUUGCUAUUGAAGACCUUCAGGUAGAAGCAGAUUUUCCUGUUUAUUUUGAGGAAUUACGAAAGGUGCUGAUUAAGGUGGAUGAAUAUCAUUCAGUGCAUCAGAAGCUCAGUGCUGACAUGGCUGAUAAUUCUAAUCUGAUCCGAAGUUUGCUUGUCCGAGCUGAAGAUGCUCGUCUGAUGAGGGACAUGAAAACAAUGAAGAAUCGCUAUAUGGAACUUUAUGACCUUAAUAAAGACUUGCUAAAUGGAUAUAAAAUUCGCUGUAACAAUCACACAGAGCUAUUGGGAAAUCUCAAAGCAGUAAAUCAAGCAAUUCAAAGAGCAGGUCGUCUGCGUGUUGGAAAACCAAAGAACCAGGUGAUUACUGCUUGUCGGGAUGCAAUUCGAAGCAACAACAUCAACACACUGUUCAGAGUCAUGCGGGUAGGGACAGCUUCUUCAUAGGAGAGGAAAGAAUAGGUAAAGAAGUUUCUGGAAAAGGUUUUUCCUUAAAAAUCUAGGCUGAUUUGCCUUGGAUCACAUCCUGGUGAACCCAGGGUACUAAGAGUGAAAACAACCGUGGUGAGUUGUACAAAUUAAAAAUAAAGAAUUACAUUGGAAAGAUAUAUUCUAUUUUUAGAUCAAUAGCACUGUUGCUGCAUAAUAGGUUUGUAUGUCAGAGGGUGAAUACUUUUGAAAUGUUAGGGCUUCAAAGUCUAAGUUUUGUUUAUUAUGUAAGUUGGUAUAUAAAUACAUCUUUUUUUCUUCAAAUUGUAAUUGAAUUUGUAAUUUUCAAAUAGGUUAUAUACUUUUUCAUUAAAAUUUAAAAGUGUUGAACUUUGUGUUGACUGAUUAUAAAAGCACCACCAUAUUAGAAUUGCAUAAACCAUUUGUAUUUUGUGGAGAAAAACCAAAAUGUGGAUAUUCGAUUUGUGUGCCUCUUUUUAAUCACCAAAAAGUGGGUGUAAAGAACAAAUUUAGAAGAAGGAAGAGUCAGUUUAGGAUGAUCUUUUAAUUGAGGCAAUGUUAGCUUCUGUAACAAAUAGACCUUAAAAUACAUAAUGACUCAUUUAUCAUUUAUGUAAAGACUUCUCCAUAGUUAUUCAGGGACCCAGGUUUGUUUAAUUAUGUACCUCUGUUAUCCCCUAGGGCAGCCUUUCUCAACCUGAGUUCACUAAAGAAAUAAGCUUAAGGAAAAUGAUUUGGGUGACUCUUUUCACAUUCAUUGUUUUUUUUUUUUACUAAUUGAACGUUUGUGGCAACCCUGUGUGGAGUAAUGCUAUCAGUACCUUUUUACCACCAUGUGCUCAUUUUGUAUCUCUGUGUUACAUUUUUGUGAUUUGUGCAAUAUUUCAAACUUUGUCAUUAUUAUUAUAUAUUAUUGUUAUUAUUAUAUCUUAUGGUCUUUGAUCGGUGAUCUUUGAUGUUACUAUUGUAAUUGUUUUGGGGUGCCAAGAACCAUGCCCAUAUGACAGUGAACUCAACAGUAAAUGUUGUGUAUGUUCAGACUGCU